AUGAAGUAAGUUUAUGUUUCUUUUGGUUUUUUGCUGUUUAGAUCCGGAUUUUGGCGGCAUGCAUGUGAUCGCAUGCACCGUGCAAGUGCAACAUCGCAGCGGCGCAAACUUUUCUCGACGGAACCGGCGCGAAUUUUGGGCGUACGAAAUGAAAUUGCACAGUGCGAAAUUUUUCGAAAAGGAUCAAAAAAUUUCGACGAAAUUGCAUUGCGCGGCGCGAAAAAAUAGGUUGAAAAGAGUCUACGCCCUUUCUGGAACUGCUAGUACUACACGCGCUCAAAAGUAAGCAUGGCUGCAAACCGGGCCAGCCCGGGCCCGAGGUUUGCAAAAUUGGAAAGCCCGGUCCGGUUCGGCCAGGAAAAUUUUUAUACUUGGUUGGAAGGAAAAAAAGCGGUUAAUGAAAUGAAAAUUAUGGCAAAUUUUUGCAAAAUGUAAAAAGAAUUUAGCAAAACCUAAGCAUAGUGCAAUUGCCGCUGGAUUAUUUAUAUAAAUUACUAAUUCGCCAUAAAUUUUUUUACCAUCUGAUUACAAAAAAUCAUAAACUUCUGUGUAUAGUCACCAAAAUUUUAGCAAAAAUAUUUUUAUCACAGAUCUUUUAUUGGAUCUGAAAAAAGCUACGCUGCUAUUGCGUAUUUUUGAAAAAUUUUCCGGUUUCUUUUUUUGCCAUUAACUAUGAGGUCGCACUUUAGAAUUUCUGACAAGGAAAGUACUUCUAUGGGGCGGAGUUACCGGUCGAGACAUACAUCAAAAAAAUCGCAAAUUUUUCUGAUUCAGAACAUGCAAAAAUUAGCUGCCUAAUUUUGAUUUGUAAGGGUGAAAAAAAUCCUCAGAACUUUUCUCGCAACACCACGCAAGUUUUUACCAAAUCAAAUGCUUGUUUUUGAGCUAGAGUAAAUCCUGGUAUCGUCACAAGCCUUAAAAUAUCAAAUUUUAUCUCAACUAACUUUUUUUUACGCGUUAAUUAGUAGUUGCAAUAAAAUUCAAAUUUUAUACGCGUUAAUUAGUAGUUGCAAUAUUAAAAGGUGGCAUUUUCGUGGUGUUGCGAGAAAAGUUGAUUUUUUCACCCUUACAAACCAAAAUUAGGCACCUAACUCCUACAUAUUCUAAAUCAGAAAAAUUUUGCUAUUUUUUUGAUAUAUGACUCCACCUGUAACUCCAUGCCCCAUAGAAGUACUUUCCUCGUGAAAUUUUUUUCAAAUUGACUUGAAAAUUAUUUUUUUAUUUGGGCGAGUGGUAAAUUAUGUCAAAAAAGCUUAUUUUUGACCUUUUUCCGGGCAAAACUCAGAUUUCAAAAAAAAAAACCCCCGGGCCGGGCCUAAAAAUCGAAGCCCGGCGUCGGGCCGAGAAAUAAGUCGGCCCGGCCCGGAGCCAUGCCUACACAAAAGUCCUGACAAUUUGCGCACCGUUCACCCUUCUUUCAUUUUCAUCAGCAUUUGUUGCCGCAAUUUCCCGUUUUUGCACUAGUGACCUGCAUUUUUGCGCGCGACAACCUCGAAUUUGCGGGCGCGACGUCCAAAACCCGAACUUUCCCACGGUGCGAAAAUUGUCAGGGCUUUUGAGCGCGCGUAGUGUUUUACUGUAGCCCUUUUCGAAAAUGGAGAAAUCUGUUUUUCGACCUUCCCUAUUUUUCCUUGUCUCUUUGGCGGACAUUUUUAUACGUUCCUUUUUCAGACUCUUGCGCCAACGUGAGCGCGUUUGCUCCCAUUGGAUCAAUCCCUUCCCUAAUGGACAGAUCUAUGCUUUCAAGCGCCAAGUGGACAAAGAUUGAAAGGAAAAAGAAAAAAAAGCCAAGAAAAGGCAAAAAAAAGAAUAAAAGUAAAAAAAAUAAAAAUAAAAAAAAAUUAAUAUAAAAAAAAGAAAAAGGGCAAAAAAAAGAAAAAAGCAAAAAAAAAGAAAAAAAAGCCCAAAAAAAAGGAAAAAAGGCAAAAAAAGAAUAAAAAGAAUAAGAAAAAAAAAUUAAAAUAAAAAAAAAAAGAAAAAAACGUAAAUUAAUUAAAGCCUAAAAAAUAAGAAGGCAAAAAAAAUACAAGAAUUUUGUAUGGUCUCCGUCGCCGCUAAUCAUCCCAAAAAAUUAGCUCCAACUUAUAUCACAAUGGAUUCUUAGUGGGACCUGAUCAUGUAAGUUAUUUUUUCGGCUUGUAUUUUACCUUGCUUUAGUUUAAAAUUAUGUAAUUUGGAUUUUAUUUUCAGUAUUUUUGGAAAUCUUUGAGUCCCGAGACGGAACCUACGAAUUUUUCCCUUUCCGACCAAGCAGCCAGAAGAACUCGAGACUUCGGAUCAACAUGGAUUCAAGAAAGAGCAUGGUCAAUACGAAGCAGUGAAUGUAAAAUGUAAGUUUUGGUUAGAUUAUGGAAUGUAGAGGACCUUCGACAUGUUUUUAUAAUACAGGGUGUCCAGAGAAAUUCCGCGGAAAGUUUUUGUCGAUUUCUGGGCGCUAAAUCAAGAUAUCCAAACAAUUCUUUUUGCAUCGUAAAGAUGAAGAAUUUCUUCAAACACCCUGUGUUAGCAUUCGUGUUUUGACGUUUUCUUUAUUUAUUUUUAUUUUUCAGACGUUUUCGAUACCAACACCCAUUAUUUUGA